AUGGUUCAAAGAAACUUUCCACCCAAACUCAAUGAUCUAGGUAGAUUCACCAUUCCUUGUUCCAUUGGUUUACUAACUAUUGGACAUGCUUUGUAUGAUUUAGGAGCUAGCAUCAAUCUGAUACCACUACCUAUGAUGAAGAUGUUGAAUUAUGGUGAGCCAAAACUAACUCAGAUGACCUUGACACUAGUUGCUCGUUCUGUGACCUACCCAUAUGGAGUUAUUGAAGAUGUCCUUGUUAGAGUUAAAGACUUAUUGUUUUCCACAUACUUUGUGAUUUUGGACAUGCCAGAAGAUUCUGACACACCACUCAUUCUAAGAAGACCGUUUUCUAGUAACAGGGAUGAAAGAGCAAGAGGAGCUGGAUCAGAGAAGAAACCAGACGACAACGCAUGA